GGAACUUCAGGUUUGAGUUCACGUGUGAGACAACAAAGGCAGACAAAUUUGUCCCUGACACAGUCAGUGAAGAGACGUGUGUGUGACGUCACGACGCUCGCUCUCAGUGAGGCCCGAGCACGAACGCAGAACAAGACGCGCCUGUGGCACUGAGUUGCGGCCCCAGCAGCUCCACGGGUACUUUCUUUUUCAGCUGCGAACGAGAUGUUAGACAAGGCUAAGCGGUACUAGGCUAGGCUAGGCGGCUCCCAUCAGGCAAUAACGGCGAAAUAUAUCGAGACGCGAUCUGAUCUGGGCCACGCCUGCGCAGAAGGUCGGCCAUCUUGGCUCGCGAACUACGGCAAGUACAUGAUGUCAAAAUAGACAUUUUAUGCCUCCGCGGUAUUUUAACAAGGUGGGUUCCGUCGGGCAGGACAUCGUGUUGUUUCGCGUCACUUGGUGUGGAAUGCAUCUUUCCAAGAAAUGUUCUGCCUUCCGCGUGGUGUUGAGCGCUCUGCUGCUGGUGGCGCUGCUGCAGCUCCUCUACUUGUCCUUCCUGACCAAGUUCCAGAGCAAACAGCAGCAGCAGCAACAGCAUCAGCGUUACCGCUACCCGGAGCCCUUAGGAGGCUCCGGCCCCGGGAGCGCGGCGCACUCCGAGAAGAAUUCGCGCAAGGAGCGCCUAAGAUAUUCCCUUUCGAGCGGAGGGAUCUUUGACCAGAGCGGACAGUACCGCGUGUACAAGAACUUGAUUCAAAAAGAUUUCGCGAGCAAGCCGGGCACAAACGUCCUCACGCUGGUCACCCACACGAGCAUGAACAACCUUCACCACCUGCAGGAUCUUGUGGAGAGGUGGCGGAACCCGCUUUCGGUGGCGAUCUUUGCGCACGGCCAGGACGUCAAGUUGGCCACGGCGCUGGUGUACGCGCUUGGCGCCCUGUGCCCCCGCGUGCAGACCCUGGUGGACUUCCACCUGGUGUGUCUCUCGGGGGAGACGGCCAGCUUCCCCGAAGACGACCACCGGCACUUUGCCGGCCUGGACGACUGCGCCGCUGUCUUCUCCCGGCUGGAAGCCCACAAGGACAGAUACAGGAACUACGCCAUGGGCGCAGACGUCCCCUACCCGAAUAACCUCCUCCGGAAUGUGGCCCGAGGAGGCACCGAGUCCUCCUUCAUCCUCGUCAUCGACAUCGACAUGAUGCCUGCCGCCGAUCUGCACCAGCAGUUCGUGGCGAUGGUCGGCAGGCGCCAGCUUGCCCCGGACCAGGUGUUCGUCCUGCCCGCCUUCGAGAUCCGCCACACCAGGAAGAUUCCGGCCAGCAAGGCCGAGCUCGUGCAGCUCUACCAGGUGGGCGAAGUGCGACCGUUCUACGAGGAGCUGUGCCCUCGUUGCCAAGCUCCCACCAACUACUCGCAGUGGGUCAACAGCCACCUCCGCGACACCUCCGGCGGCCUGCAAGUGGCCUACACGCUGACCUGGGUCGACCCGUGGGAGCCUUUCUACAUCGGACCGCGCAAUGUGCCCCUCUACGACGAGAACUUCAAACAGUACGGCUUCAAUCGCAUCAGCCAGGCCUGCGAGCUCCACGUGGCCGGCUACGAGUUCUCCGUGCUGAGCUCGGCCUUCCUGGUCCACCGCGGCUUCAAGAUCCAGGGCGAGUUCCACGCGAGGAAAGACGAGGAGAACCGCCGCAACCGGCUCCUGUUCCGCACCUUUAAAGAGGCUCUGAAGAACAAAUAUCCAACCUCGAGCAGACGAUGCUAAAAUCGAUAUAUCUCGACAUAUGUGUCUAUAUCGAUCCGUCGAUCGAUAUAGACACGAGUCGUGUGGGGGUUGCGGGGUGGGGGGUGCGGGGGCAUCUUUUUGGGCGUCCUGCACCGCGACGUCCUCUUCAUUGAGCAAGAGGAACCGCUCAGGCAGUGAUGUCCGUCAGUGGCCACUAGAUGGCAGCAGACACUCGUGAGACCUGCCUGACUACUGCAAGUCAACACUGUACUGAGGCAUUUUAUAGUUGUGUUGUAUUUCUAUUUAUGGUCAAAUGGCACAUCCCUCGCUCACCAUCUCGUUGGCGGAGAAUAAUCCUGGACUUCUAUCGAUUU